AUGGGCUCAGAGAAGGACCAAUUCCCAGAGGUCCAGGGCGGAGGCAGCCUCAUCCUAGCCUGGCAGAUCAAGGCCAAGAACGUGCUGGUCGUCGGCGGCGGCGAGGUCGCGGCCGGGCGCAUACUCAACUGCCUCAACGCCGACGCCGCCGUUACAGUCAUAUGCCCCUCGUCCGGCCUCAACCCAGAAGUCGCACACCGCGUCUCUGCCGGCCAGGUGACCCACAUCGACAGGAAGUUCGAGCCAGGCGACCUCGACCCGGACAAGAACGUAAACAUGGUCCUGACCGCCAUCGACGAUCCAAAGGCCUCCACCGAGAUCUGGAAGCUGUGCAAGGAGCGGCGCAUCGCCGCCAACAUUGCAGACGUCCCGCCCGAGUGCGACUUCUACUUUGGCAGCGUCCACCGCGACGGGCCCUUGCAGAUCAUGGUGUCCACCAAUGGCAAGGGGCCCAGGCUCGCCGCCUCCAUUCGCAAGCAGAUCGCCGCUACCCUUCCCAAGAAUGCCGGCGCCGCCGUCGACAAGGUGGGAAGGCUGAGGGCGAUGCUGCGCAAGAUCGAGCCCGGCCCCGAGGCUGUCGCCAGCAGGAUGGGCUGGAUGAUCAACGUGUCCGAUGCCUACAGCUGGGAAGCCUUCUGUGACCUGACCGAGGAGGACAUGGAGAACCUGCUGGCCUUCUACUCCAGCGGGGAGGUUCCGUCCUUGGAUCUACUCAAGAGCAUGAGACGAGACUUCUCGCCCGAGACUGUGUUUGACGGCUCAUUUGGGUUCUCUGUUGGGUGCUAA